AUUACUAACAUCUUCACGACUUUGACUUACAACUUCAGCUUCCAUUCUUCAAAUUCGGUAGCGGGAGGAUUCUCUUACUGUACAGUAAGCUGCUAGAAUAUUGAGUUCAGAAACUCCAAGCCAGCAAGCACAGACUCUCCCAGUUCAACGACGAGACAGAGAAGCCAGAUUGGGCUUUUGAGCGUCUCAAUUCACACCACAACCACAAGAUCAAUUUCACUCAGACAUUAGAUGAACACCACCUGCCAUCUUGCACCAUAUGCACAUUACCCCAGAACAGCCGUCACCCAUUUCACCUUUGAGCAUUGCUGUAUUUGAUUCGCAAGUUCAACACAGACUUGGUGUCUGGAGCAUCCAACUGCAUAUUUUCAUCCGAAACCUGGUUUGAAAGUGUCCAAGUAUAUGUCGACAAUCUUUCUUCAGCAGCUGGCCAACAUCAGCCCGAACCCAACCUCGAAAGGGGCUCAGGGGUCAAUCUCUUGGCAUCAACAGCACAGACCGCCCAACAUCACCACCACCACCACCACCACCACCACCACUUAGUCGACAACCUCAAUUAGUCGCCCCCCAUUGAUUCUCGCGAUAAUAGACUCAAGUCACUGCCAUAAUGGACCCGCAUCUUUCUGACCGGGGCGAGAGCCAGGCAGCGACUCAUAAACCCCUCGACAGCCUCGCAGACCAGCCAGGCUUUCUCCAGAACAACCGGCAACGAGAAGGGCGAAGCCCAGUAGAGCAAAACUUGGAGCCACCGGCUUCAGAUUUCUUUUCGUCAUCACCACAAUCAGUGCCGCCUUCAGAUCUUGUUCCUUCCUCGUCACACACAGUCCUAACUUCAGAUCUCAGUUCUUCCUCUUCACAGACAAUCCUGACUUCAGACCUCAGUUCUUCAUCAACGCUGCCAUCGAAGCCUUUGUCGCCACGAGAACGGCUCUCAUCACAAGUUUCGGCAGCUCAAGAAAAAGCCUCAUUGGUGUCCCCUGUCAGACCGCAAGAAACAGCUUCGCCGUUGCCACCUCCACCAAAGUCAGCAUCUCCAGCGGAAGAACAAGACGAGAUCAAAAUGCUCGAGUCGAUCGAUGAGAUGGGGGGUGAGGGUGGUUUGCUCGGUGCUCCUUCGGAGGCGGAGUUCUCACUAUUCAAGAUCAAACCCCAAAUCUACCGCCACCAAACCCUCGUCUCCUCCCGCCGCCGUGUGCGCGGUGGUCUGUUUCCCGCGCUGGCCCGCGGUGCUGUCCCGGUCGCCUCCUCGCGCGGUGACGGCAUCCUCGGGCGUGUGCCCGCCUACUUCCUCUUCGUCUUGGGGUCGGGCGGGCACACGACCGAGAUGUUUGAAACCAUCAAGAACUCGUUCUUGCCAUCGCCGGCGCAGCACCGGCGCUAUGUGAUUACGAGCGGAGAUGGGGAUUCCUUGCGGCGGUUGCUGAGGUUGGAGUCGUUGCUGGACCGGGCUGUUCUCGGUUCUUCGGCCGGUGGUGACAAGGCUCGGGUUGGCACCCGGGAUAUGUUUACAAUUCCGAGGGCAAGGAGGGUUCACCAGCCUUUUUGGACGGCGCCGUUUACGAGUUUGGUUACGGGGGUGGGGGCGGUGAAGGCGUUGAGCACGGUUCCUAGGUCGAGGAAGGGGGAGGGGUAUAAGUGGCCGAAUGUGAUUGUUACCAAUGGGCCUGGGACGGGGUUUGUGGUCGCUUUGGUUGCGUACAUCCUCAAGCUACUCGCCGUUGUUCCCCAAGACGGCUGCAAAGUGGUUUACGUGGAGAGUUGGGCGCGGAUUAACAGCUUGAGCCUGACGGGCAAGAUGUUUUACUGGAGCGGCAUUGCGGAGGUGUUUGGGGUUCAGCAUCAGCAGCUGUGCGACAAGUAUGAGGGGGUGGUUUAUGUCGGGGAGGUCGGGGCUGCCAAGGGGGCGAGGAUGGGGUGAGCUGGGAUGGAUGUUUGCGUGUUUGGGCGGUUAGCAUUGCUUUCAUGAAUUCAACGAUACCCAAUCCUCGUUUGUCCAAUACGAAC